AUGUUUAGUAAUUCAAUAAAAGUAGUACCUGCUUCUGGAGCAUCAAAAUAUGACAGUCGUGGACUUGAAUUAAUUAUUUUGACGCUGAUGAAUAUCGAUGUUUGGAUGUUAAAAAAUGUAGGCUAUGUCACUAAGAAAUCUUUUAAAUUGAUAAAACCUAUUAUAGAAUCAUUUUUCAUCAUGAGUAUUGGAGCUGGACUGUUGAUAGCCUACAGUAUUGUCUAUACUCCAAAUUUGAAUGAUUUUUUCAGUAAAAAACCACAAAAUUUUCCCAGAGAAGAGUUAAUGGCAAUCUCUGAUGCUUCAGAGUCCUACAAAGCAUUGAUUCAUGACGAAUUGACUCAUCUCAAGAGUAAAGCUUUCAGUCUUGAGAUGACCAUCAAGCGAAUGCAUUUAGAGCUGAAGAAUCUAAAUAAAUAUCACAAAAAUUUAGGCGACUUGAUGCCAGACUUUGCAUCAGAAGCUGCAGGUGGUACAAUUAUUUCAAUACCAGACACCGAGUCUUUUUAUCAGCCUCAUGCCGCUGAGUUUUCUAUUUUUGGUAUUCCAAUUUGGAAGCCAAAUUACUUUACGCCGCGUAAAGUUAUUCAGCCAUGGACACAACCGGGAGAAUGUUGGGCGUUUCGUGGAUCCCAUGGAAAUGUAGAGAUAGAACUGGCACGCACAGCUUUGGUGAGCAGUGUCACACUCGAGCACAUUCCAAUAACCGCCUCGUUGACUGGAACUAUUAAUUCUGCUCCUAAGGAAUUUCGCGUUCUCGGCAAGUUCCGCGACAAAUAUUUAAUUUUAGGAUCAUUUCAAUAUAAUUAUAAUGGACCAUCGUCUCAAAUAUUUCAAAUCACUAAAAGUGACAGGACAAAAAUUCCAUUGAAUUUAAUUAUGCUGCAAAUUCUUUCUAAUUGGGGUAAUCCAGAAUACACUUGCAUCUACAGGUUACGAGUUCAUGGAAAACUUUACGACAGUACUGACGAUUCAGUACUUUUGCCAAAGAAAAAAUUAAUUUACAAUAACUAA